AUGAAAAGCACAAUACUCACGGCUACCUUGCUGCUCACGGGCGGCUCUGUAGCUAGUCCUCACUCGACGCAUCGAUAUGGUACCUGCCAACAAUUCGACGUGCCCAUCACCGCGUCUGCCGAAGGCGCCGUCUACAACCUGACGCACAUCGACGACAACAUCUCAGCAAGAUCCUGGGCAAUCAAGGAAGACACCUGGUCGACUCUCAAGGGCGCAGAUCGCAUCAUCAAGAACAUCACCAUCAGCGGCACCUACAAAAUCCACGUGCAACUCUGUCAGCCGCAUUCUUCCAAACAACCUGAUGUGAUCCAAAUCGCCACUCACGGAGGCCACUAUGACUCAAGAUACUGGGACGCCAAACUUCAGCCCGAAGAGCAUUCCUGGGUUGAGGACGCGCUCAAAGCCGGCUAUCCCAUACUGACUUACGAUCGUCUCGGAGCCGGCAAGUCAGACCUCCCAGAUGCAUAUCAUGGCGUGCAGGCUGGACUCGAGCUUGAGAUACUCCGCGAACUCACCAUCAAGACCCGCGAUGGCACGCUCCACGACGGCAUGAAGCAGUCCAGCAAAGAUCCAAUGCGGAUCAUUCAUGUCGGCCAUAGCUUUGGCUCGUUCUUGACAUCUGCCUUCAUCGCCACCUAUCCCGAGCUGAGCGACGCAGCGGUGAUCACUGGUUACGCAGCCACCCCGUACCUUGCAAUGGCCGGCUACUCGCCUUGGGCCGCACAGUUCCCACCAACGGCGGACAAACCAUUCGACCGUACACCUGGCUACAUUGUCAAUCAAAAGAGCGGGAUCCAGAACAUUUUCUUCGCCGGCGACCCAGACACCGCUUUCACGAAAGAGCUGCUCGAUUACGGCGAUGCCAUCAAACAGCCGGUCCCUAUCGGUGAGCUCGCUUCGGGGUACAAAUUGGUCGGUCUGCCUGGGCUCAACUACACGGGUCCAAUACACUUUAUGCUGGCCGAGUUCGACACGUUCAUCUGUGGUGGUGACUGCAAAGGAGUUACGAAUGAGACGGCGCAGCGGCUAUCGUAUCCCAAGGCUUUCGCGCUUCAAGUUGAUAUCCAACCCAAUACUGGUCAUGCUUUCCCGUUGCACAAUAAUGCUUCGGCUGGGUUUCAGAACCGUUGCACGCUCGGACCUCCGGGUCUCGACUUCCAUCCAUCUUCGAAGUUCGAGGUUGUUGGAUAUGCAAACAUCUACAGGCGCUCCAUCGGACCUUCAACCAUCUCACCUGUUCGACAGAGCGGCAUAGAACUUCGUGUGUUCUCAACAGCAACAGCAACACCAACCCCCUCCAGCAUGUCACAUCCACAAUCUCCCCAACGACAGCCGACAGACAACGAGACCAUCCGCUAUGCCAAAGCACUCCACAACACGGCUCUCGUCGCCCUUGUAGCGUGCCCAAUCCUAGCAUUACUCCCUCCACGCAAACUCGAUGCAUACACUUUCGGCCUAGGAGGAACGACAAUCUUCUCCGCGAACUGGCUGGUGCGAGAGCGAACGGGCCGAAGUAUCUGGCAGCACGUUGGCAUUGGUGCGGACCAUCGCGCGUACAACCAGUCGAUGGAGGGUAACAGCUCUAUCUCACCCACGGAACAAGCAAACCUGUAUCGUGAGCUCCACCAUGCGACACAGGAGAUGGAGCGCACGGGGAGGCAGGAGAAGGCAUCCGUGACGGAGCAGGUACAGAACCAGCGUGAGGCUUGGAAGGCGCAGCAGCAGAAAGAGGUUCAAGAGGAGAUGGAGGAAGGGAAAAGUUUCGCAGACAUGAUUACGGAUCAGAUUUGGGAGGUUUGGAAUUGGGGGAAGAAGAAAGAUGAGGAUGAAUGA